UUGGAAAAUUUAUAGUCCCCCUCAGCGGAGUUAGGACGCUGCGUUAUCCUCCGUAUUUAGAGGGGCGUUCAUGCUUGCGACACGUGGACGUCGUCUCGGCCACUCUGGUGCUUUUUAUCGAACGCCACUCUAACCCCGCCCAGCCCUUCAGCGCCGCGCCGCCAACGUCUAAAGACCCAACGACUCCGCAAAUACCCUCCAAAAACUAAAAUCCAAACCAUGUCCCUCACUUUCUACCCGUCUCCUCUUUCGCUCCCCUCCGCUUCCUCUCUCCCUCAUGCGCACCCUACCCCUCCCCUCCUUCCUAUGUCUAUCCUACGCCGGCUGACUCCUCGCCACCUAUCCUUACACAUCAACGGCAACAGUAGACGGCGCGUUUCCUCAGUCGCCGCCGCUGUUCGACAGGAUACUUCUGUUUGGUCCCAAGCGCCUCUCUCCCAGAUCGAACCUGCUGCUGAGUCCCUCUUCAACGUUACUAUCGACGUUUCUGACUCUCCCGACCUCGCUACGUCCCACACUCGACCUGGCCAGUACCUCCAGCUUCGCAUCCCCGACGUUGAGAAGCCGUCUUUCCUUGCUAUCGCGUCACCGCCGUCUUAUGCUGCAGCGAAAGGCGCCUUUGAAUUCUUAGUGAAGAGCGUGGCCGGCUCGACUGCUGAGCUGUUGUGCGGUCUUAAGGAAGGAGAUGUAGUGGAAUUGAGCCAAGUCAUGGGGAACGGUUUUGAUAUAGAUCGCAUCGCGCCGCCGGAGAAGUAUCCUACGGUUCUGAUUUUCGGCACUGGAUCUGGAAUCAGUCCAAUUCGAUCUCUCAUCGAGUCUGGGUUUAGUGCUGACAGAAGAUCUGAUGUGAGACUGUAUUAUGGGGCGAGAAACCUCAAGAGAAUGGCUUACCAGGAAAGGUUUAAGGAUUGGGAAUCUUCUGGUGUUAGGAUUGUACCAGUACUAUCACAGCCAGAUGAUAGUUGGACUGGUGAAACCGGCUAUGUACAGGCUGCUUUUUCCAGGGCCAAGAAAAUUGAUAGUCCCUUGGCCACCGGCGUUGUGCUUUGUGGGCAGAAACAGAUGUCUGAGGAAGUAACAUCAAUUCUUGUAGCAGAUGGAAUCUCGAGUGAGAAAAUACUCAAGAACUUCUGAAAUAUUAUUAUUGAGAAUUGCAUUGUUGUAGUAUUAUUUCUUGAGGAACAGUCGAUAAUGAUUCUUUUGUACCCGCUGCUGAGGACAGAAAUAAAAUACCAAUUUUGGAUUUUUGAGCU